CCAUCCGCAUUGCUGCAAUAAGCAGAAAUCAUCCACCCCAGCUGCUGCAACUUGAAGUAGUGGGCUGAGGAGAAGAUCUGCUUCUCUUUACAGCAGCGAGUCUCCUGCUCCAGCCAUCAAAACAACAAAAAAGGGCCCAGUACAAGUGAUCAGGAGUGGGCAUUUAGUCUUCGGAGUCCAUGGCGGUCGUCAGGAGGGAAGCCACUGGCAUGGCCAGAUUGGCAGGAUUAGCCAUGGGAUGUCUUGGAAUAAUUAUCCUUGGUUUUGUCAUUCAGUCCCUUGCAGUCCAUACAAGUAAGAGCCAGUCCAUACGGACGACGCCUGCGUCCACUCAGAAUGUCGGAACAGAAACUGACAUCAUUAGAAGGCAUCUAGGAGAUUACAAGCAUGACAGCAACAAUUAUGGAGAAAGGAACUUCAAAGACGGCAACAAGUACGGUGAAGAAGGGAAGUACGAGGACGGCAACGAGUAUGGCCAAGGGAACUUCAAGGGCGGGAGCAAGGACGCGAACAAUGACGGGAAAAAGUACGGUGAGCAAGCGACGUAUGAGGAUGACAACAAGUAUGGCGAAGGGAACUUCAAGGACGUGAAAAAAUACCAUGAACAAGGGAAGUCUGAGGACGGCAACAAAUAUGGCCAAGAGAACUUCAAGGAAGGGAACAAGGACGGGAACAAGGAUGGGAACAAGGCCGGGAACAAGGAGGGGAACAAGGAUGGGAGCAAGGACGGGAACACAGAGGGGAACAAAGACGGCGAACAAGGGAAGUACGAGGAUGGCAACAAGGAUGGCCAAGGGAACUUCAAGGACGGGAACAAGUAUGGCGAACAAGGGAAGUACGAGGACAACAACAAAUAUGGCCAAGGGAACUUCAGGGGCGGGAACAAGGACGCGAACAAGGAUGGCAACAAGGACGGGAACAAGUACGGUGAACAAGGGAAGUACGAGGACAACAACAAGUAUGGCCAACCAAGCCAAGGGAACUUCAAGGAUGCCAACGAGUACCAUGACCAAGGGAAGUACGAGGACGGCAUUAAGUACGGCCAGGUGAACUUCAAGGAUGGGAACAAGGACGGGAAAAGGUAUGGCGGACAAGGGAAAUAUGAGGACGGGAACAAGUACGACGAACAAGGGAAGUACGAGGACGGCAACAAGUAUGGCCAAGUGAACUUCAAGGACGGGAACAAGGACAACAAACAAGGGCAGUACGAGGAUGGCAACAAGCAAGUCCAAGGAAACUUCAAGGACGGGAACAAGGACGGGAACAAGGACGGGAACAAGGACGGAAACAAGGAUGGGAACAAGGACCGGAACAAGGACGGGAACAAGUACAGUGAACAAGGGAAGUACGAGGACGACAACGAGUAUGACCAAGGGAACUUCAAGGAUGCGAACAAGUACGACGGACAAGGGAAGUACGAGGACAGCAAGAAGUAUGGCUACGGGAACUUCAAGGAUGAGAACAAGGAUGGGAACAAGUACGGCGAACAACAGAAGUAUGAGGACGGGAACAAGUAUGAUGAACAAGGGAAAUACGUGGAAGGCAACAAGUAUGGCCAAGGGAAUUUCAAGGACGGGAACAAGGACGGGAACAAGGACGGGAACAAGGACGGAAACAAGGAUGGGAACAAGGACAGGAACAAGGAUGGGAACAAGGACGGGAACAAGGACGGUGAACAAGGGAAGCACGAGGACGACAACAAAUAUGGCCAAGGGAACCUCAAGGAAGGGAACAAGUAUGACAAAGAAGGGAAGUACGAGGAUGGCAACAAGUAUGGCCAAGGGAACUUCAAGGACGGGAACAAGUACGGCAAACAAGGGAUGUAUGAGGAUGGCAACAAGUAUGGCCAAGUGAACUUCAUGGACGGGAAAAAGUAUGGCGAAGGGAAGUACGAGGACGGCAAUAAGUAUGGGGAAGGGGACUUCAAGGACGGGAACAAGUAUGGUGAACAAGGGAAGUACGAGGAUGGCUACAAGUACGCCCAAGGGAACUUCAAGGAUGGGAACAAGUAUGGCGAAAGGAAGUAUGAGGACGGCAAUAAGUAUGACCGAGGGAACUUCAAGGACGAGAAGAAAUAUGGUGAACAGGGGACGUACGAGGACAAGUAUGACAACAAGUAUGACAACAAGUAUGACAAUAAGUAUGACAACGAGUAUGACAACAAGUACGACAACGAGUACGGCAACGAGUACAGCAACGGGUACAACAACGAGUAUUAUAACGAGUACUACGAGAAUAAGUAUGGCAACAUAGGGAAGAGGUACCGCAACCGAGACAUCGAUGUGGUCAUAAACUAUGAUGAGGGCAACAUGAAGUAUGACAACAAGUUUUAUGAUGACAAUUUCAAAGGACAGAAGCACGGAGUGAAGUACAUGGAGGAGUACGGUAUGAAGUACAACCGUUACAAUAAGAAGGGGUAUGGCGAGAAGAAGUAUGGCUACAAGAAUUAUAACAAGAAAUACUAUGGGAAGAAGAAGCAAAGCAAGAAGUAUCAUAAGUACAACAACAAGUACGGUAACAAGUACAGCGACAAGUACGCGAAGAAGGGUUAUUAUUAGAGGGACUAGGGCAAGAAGAAGGAUGAGUAGUACACCAACCAGCAGUACGAUCAAACAUAACUUACAUAAGUACGACAAUGAGAGUUUUGAUGAGAAGUACAAGGACAAAAAUUUCCAUGAUAUAGAGUACAAGGGACUAGCCUUUUAGUAGUGGAUAUCUGGCGCCUGGUACAAGGGUGAAGAGGUUUCCUCCCUCCCCAUAAUUACCUGCACAGUUAAUCCUCUGGAUACCAGAGCAAUCAAUGUUGGCAGGUGUC